GGCCUCCAAGGGGAACGAGGUCUGCCCGGUCCCACGGGGAAACCCGGCCCAAAGGGAGAUCCUGGCCAUGAUGGGGCCCCCGGCGCGGUGGGAGAGAAGGGUCCCCAAGGUCCGCAGGGCCCCAACGGCUUCCCGGGCACGAAAGGUCCCCCCGGUCCUGCCGGGAAGGAUGGUUUGCCAGGACACCCGGGACAGCGUGGCGNNNAGGGGUUUCAUGGCAAAACCGGCCCCCCUGGCCCCACAGGGGUGGUGGGACCCCAGGGUAAAUCAGGCGAGACGGGGCCUGUGGGAGAGAGGGGGCACCCAGGCCCCCCCGGCCCCCCUGGGGAACAGGGCCUGCCUGGAGCUGCUGGCCGAGAAGGAGCCAAGGGUGACCCUGGCCCCGCUGGCAUCCCUGGUAAGAGCGGCCCUCCAGGCAUCCACGGCUUUCCCGGCACACGGGGAGCACCUGGAGAGACGGGUCCACCUGGCUUGAAGGGUGGGGAAGGUCCCCCUGGUCCCCCUGGUCCCACGGGUUCCCCUGGAGAGCGAGGCCCCACGGGCGCUGCUGGAGGCAUUGGGCUGCCGGGCAGGGGGGGUGCACAGGGCCCCCCCGGUCCCAUUGGCGAGAAGGGCUCCCCGGGCGAGCGGGGUCCCAUGGGUCCAGCUGGGCAUGACGGGAUCCAGGGCCCAGUGGGGCUGCCGGGUCCGGGUGGACCCCCCGGCCCUGCCGGAGAAGAUGGGGACAAG